GAGAGAGAGAGAGAGAGUCACUGGGCGAGCAGGAGUGUUUUCAUAACGAGGAAUUAGAAUGGACCUUGAAGGAGUUCCUCCUCCAGUGAUCGAGGACUCCAGCCUCACAGGCUGGGUUUCAAUCGGCUCCGGGGGGUUUGGAGAAAUCUACAAAGCCAGGCAUAAGGGGUGGUGCUCCGACGUGGCCAUUAAGCUGCUUCAUAACGAUGGCGGACAGACACACGAAAAAAGGAUCCAAGCUUUGCAGCAGGAGGUCCAAAUGAUGCUUCUGGGAAGCAGCGAGUAUGUUAUGCAGGUCCUCGGCGUCUUCAAUGGUCGACCACCGAACUCUGGACCCUCAGCCCAGCUGGGUCUGGUCAUGAAGUACAUGGAGAAAGGAACUCUGGAAUCCCUACAGAAAACUUUCGACAGAGUUCUACCGUUACCGCUGGUCUUCAGGCUGGCUCACCAGGUGGCUCUGGGGAUAAACUUCCUCCACAGCCUCUCCAAAGCUCUCCUCCACCUGGACCUGAAGCCCAGCAACGUGCUGCUGGACUCAGAUCUCAAUGUCAAGCUCACAGAUUUUGGCCUUUCUAAGCCUAGUCAGACUUGGGCUCAGGUUUCCAAGACGGAUAAAGUAGAUGGGGGAGGGACGAUCAACUACAUGCCACCGGAGGCUUUUGACAUAAAUUACAAACCUUCACGAGCCUUUGAUAUCUACAGCUUUGGUAUCCUGCUGUGGUCCAUCGCCACAGGGGAACAACCGUAUCCACAUGCACCCCCCAGCGUUGUGAUGCUCCUGAUCCCCAGGGGACAACGACCAUCGCUGGACAAGCUCACCGUCCGGGCUGCAGACCAGGCAGAGCUGAGUGGACUGAUGGAGCUCAUGAUAAGAUGCUGGGAGACCAGUCCCACCCAAAGACCCUCAUCCUUGGAAUGUACAAAGAUCACAGAGAAACUGUAUCAGACGCAGAAACGUGGAAUUAUUGAUGCCGUCCAUGAAGUGCUGAAGAAACUGGAGCAGAAGGAACAAGACAACCUGACCGAGGAUCUUCAGUGGCUUCGCGUCACUCCGGCCAAAGGGUCUCUCAGAGUUGAAGCGAUGAACAAUCGGGAUCAUGUGCUGACGGGACCUCCGCCCGUUCAGGAAGUGGCCCCUGGUAGGAGCCCAAAUCAAAGGGUCAAAGACCCGCUGGCCUCCCAACAAGCAAACGUGUGUGAUGGUGACUCGACCCGCUCGUCCACAGGCGACCAUGAACCCAAAGCUUCCUCCGUUCAGCCCAUCGGUGAAUCUCCGGCGCCUCCUUCCACCACGAGGUCGCCUCAGGCCAGCGCAGCUAAGAAUCCCCCUCAACCGUUCCAGGAAGUGGCCCCUCGGGGCGACCAUAAACCCAAAGCUUCCUCUGUUCAUCCCAUCGGUGAAUCGCCGACGCCUCCUUCCACCACGAGGUCACCUCAGGCCAGUGCAGCUAAGAAUCCCCAGAGGGAUUUUAGAUAUCCCCCUCAACCGUUCGAGCGUCAGUUUUCCAGCCCGACUCCUUCUUCUACGAUACAACCGACACAUAAUGUCUACAUCCACUGCAGCCACGUGACGGGAGUUCAGAUCGGCAACAACAACACCCUGUACAUCAACAAGGAGCCUUCAGAGAGGAGGCGACACCCAACAGCGCCCUCUCGUGUCAACCCCCCGUCACCGCAUCCAGGAAGCAGGAGGAACUAGUGAGGAGAAAAACAGGAGCCGAGUCCGACCAUGUGGUUUUUAACGAGCUGUAGUCAGCAGAUAUCCCCGGUGGCAGCGCCGGGCACCAUCAGGCGCCAAAACACGACUUAACGCCAGAAGGACCGUGAGUCACAAGAGGCCGAGUUAUAAUCCGACCUGUUCCCAAACAGUUCACGUGGUUUUAGCUGAAAUUCCAAAAAGUACAGAAGAAAACAAGAUCGAAGUCGAAAAUGUAAAGAAUAGAAUAUUUUUUCAAGAUCAAAGUCAAACUUAUGAGAAUAAAUCAAAACUACUGGAGUAUGACAUCUGGAGUAUGAUAUCUACAAAAUGUGUAGAUGAUCGCUGAAAUUGAGAUUCACAUUGAGGUAGAGAACAUGGCUGUCAGUCGCUUAAACCUUCAACUUCAUUAUCAGCAUUUCCACUUUAUUUUCCACUCAGAUUAAUCAACUGUACAGGACACGUGUGAUGGUUGAUGGAAAUCUCACGUUCAGUCUUUUCCCAGAUGGAAUCUCCAGCUCUUUAGUGGAGCAGAGGUUUUAGCUACAGGCCACAUUCAUUUGCACUGAAAUACAGAAUUGGAUUACCAACAUAUUUCUGCAUUGGUAUCAAUUUGCUAUCUUUUAUACUUGUGUGUCUUUUUGUGGAUUUAUCUUUACCCAGUUAAAUUUUGUAUUCUUAUUUUUUCAAAUGUGCAUUUUAAAUAAAAAUUCUAUGAAAAUCA